GCCGAAAGAAAGAAAGAAGUAAAAUAAGAGGAUGACUAAGUAACUUAUUAGUAAGCAAUAUCUUCAUAAAGCUACAUGUAAGUAUCAAGUAAUUCGCCUAAUCCACUGGGAAGUCACAGGAGCCACAAUAACCAACGGAAUAAGCACAUGGCGAGUCAUCGUACCUGCCCUUUUUUUUAGUCUCACCGCUAUCGUAUCGCCGAUAAAUUUGACGAUAGCGACAAAGUUGUGCGGUAAGUGGGUCGCGAUACGGGAUCUAUCCCGUUCUAGGCCCCCAAAAAUAAUCAUUUUCGUCUCACUUUCACCAUUUUUCUCAUAAAAUGCUCAAUGGCCUAAUAAUUCUUUCUUUUCGUCUUUGUUCCCUUUUUCUUUUCGCUCCGUCUAUUUCUCCUUGUCUCUCAUUAAGAAAGUCAUUCAUUCUCAAGACGGACCGUGAGUCUUACCGAGGACUCCAAUGAGCCGAGCGGGUCUUCCGCUGUCUCCCACGAGCAGCCUACCACCUCUGCGUUCGUUGGUCUCACUCAACGAAGAAAAGAUCUUCUCAGCCCUAGACAACCUACAGGAGAUCUACUGCCCUGUCUCAUUAUCGCGGGCUGUCAAAUCACAACUCGAACAUGGGAAAGCUCAUAAUAUUUUGCCAGAGCAAACUGCCGAUUCCGGUUAUGUGUCCGAGGAUGAUCUAUGCCCGGACGAAGAUAUAAUAGAUCCGGAAUGUGCUAUCGAUGCGCUCCGUGCCGACGUAUUCGAACGCAACUUCGCGAUCCGCUGGUUGACAACCCUAAUCGCCCGUGUCGAGGAGUUGAAACUAGACGAUGAGGACGAACAUGAACUAAUUGUCGACAAAGCUUCCUUCAUACUAGCCUCAUUCACUGCGCCAGCUGAGGAAGAUGAAGAGGAAGAUACAGGGAUUACUCGCGACUUCUCCUUCGAGCUGACUAAGGGGUCUGAUGUUCAAAAGGCGGUCACAAUAAAUGUGCGCCUUAAUGAUGCUCCACAGACUACCACGGAUCACACCGACGUUGGGUUACAGAGCUGGGGCGCAUCUAUUGUUUUCUCCGAUUCGAUAUGCACCACCCCAGAUCGAUUUAGUCUCACUAAGGAUGCCCUCGGCCCUUCGCCGCGUAUCAUAGAGCUUGGAGCCGGCACUGGACUAGUUAGUCUCGUCCUCGCUAAAGGGCUGCCACAUCUCGGUAUCACAAACGCCACUUUGAUUGCGACCGAUUACCAUUCUGCCGUGCUGGCCAACCUAGAGGCUAACAUCCAACUCACCGAAGCAGAAGUCAAAGCGUGUCCCCUUGACUGGUCGGCCCCCAUCUUAGCAGCGCCGCUCGACAAACCAGCAAAUGUGCUGGUAGCCACCGACGUCAUCUAUGCACCUGAACAUGCUAUGUGGCUGCGUAAUUGUGCGACCCUCCUAUUAGCGCCUGGGGGUGUGUUCUGGCUGCUUAUGACAAUACGUCCAAAUGGUCGCUUCGAGGCGGUUGUCGAUUCCGUCGAGGCUGCGUUCCAGGGAACGAGUCCUAAAAACCCAGAAGGUCGGCAUCUUGCCAUUUUAAGCAUGGAAAAUGUAGAAAAGCGCCGUGGUAUUGGCCGCGGGGAUGAGAGUGGUUAUAAACUUUUUAGAAUCGGAUGGGCUUAGACAGAUAGACUAGAGCUAGGGUUAGAGCAUAGAGCACAAAGCAUAGAACAUUAGAUGAUGCAUAAAGAUAGCAUAGCAUAGCAUAGAUGAGGCGUAGGGGCGCGCUAGAUACCUUGGAUGCUUUAAUAAG